AUGAAAAAUUAUUAUCUAUUUACUGGGGCUGAACGUAAAAAUGGCAGAACAGAUCGAAAAAUAUAUUAUUUUUAUAAAAAAAUUAAUCAAUUAAAGAUCACUUUAAAGAAUAGAAUUUUAUCAUUUCCAAAGUCUUCCACAAAUCUGUUCUCCUUUCAUAUAACCACACCUGGCCUGCCCAAAAAUGAACUGCUGCCUUUUAAGACAAAUAUAAUACUUGAUACAAAAAGACUGGAUUCCUUUUUGAUGACAUCUAUUCCAAUUCGAGCGAUUUCCUUUUAUUGGUACGUUGCUUACACUAAAGUGGGAUCAUCAAACGAAUUCGUGACCACUGAACAUGUUGUAAUUUACAUAAUGGGCGUCGUUUCUAUCCGGCUUUCCUUAACUUUUAAAGUCGUUCUUCCUGGACAAACACGCAUUUUAUUAAAUUCAUUUCAGAUAUUUAAGAAAGUUUAUGGAUUCGUUUGCAUUUUUUCAUCCUCUGGUGAUGUUGAGUCGGGUUUUUCAUGUGGCCAAUGUAAAACCAAAGCUUUAGAGAAAAGUUUUAAUCUGACACAACUAGAUGCAAAUAAGAUUUCUUUUAUCUUGGACUUCAUAUUGCGAUCACAAAUGGUCCUUCGUUUGACCGUAAUUUUUUCAAAUCAGACGCAAGCCAACAUAAAGCAUCAUAUUUUUGAUUGUGGCAAUCAUGGAAAUAGGUUUUUAUGUCCCAAGAAAUGUGGGAUUGAGCUCGAAACCAUGGUAAACAAAUUGCAAUCAAGCUCAGAAUGUAAUGCGUUGGUUACAGAAGCACCAGUAGAAAGAGUAGACACUACGCCUUCACUUUCCCGUCCAGAAUCAUUCCUGUCUCAGGCAGUUCCUUCAGGCAGCAAUUUCAAUAGCUACCGCCAGGAAAACGCCUAUCCUCAAUCCCGACAGACUUAUAUGAAUGGAUACGCAGACGUGUUUAACACCAAUAACCAACAGCUCCACCAACAAUCACAAUCACAACAGCAGCGGCAACAACGUGAAUCUUCCAGUACAUUGACUCCACCCUCUACCAGUUCUUCACCGGUAAAUGAAGCAAAAGCGAUUUUGUAUGGGCAACUUUGUGUUGUAGAGGGUCGGGAAUGUGUGAAUUGCGGAGCUACAACAACCCCUCUUUGGAGGAGAGAUGGUCAGGGAAAUUACUUGUGCAAUGCUUGUGGCCUGUACCAAAAAAUGAAUGGACAAAAUCGCCCUCUGAUUAAGCCGAAACGAAGAUUGGUACAAAGACCCAUCUCGAUGAAGAAGGAUGGCAUUCAAACGCGCAAUCGAAAGGUCUCCCAAAAGUCCAAGAAGUGCAGGUCCAGUGGGGGCUUCUCAGAGCUGGAGGAACUGAGUUUGGAUUACUUGAUUAAACCUACUUUGAGCCACCUUACAGCAGCCAGUCAUUUAGCUGCAGCAGCUGGGUAUCAUCCUCACAAAAUGGCUGAUUACAUGUCCUCCUAUCUGGACGGAGUUUCCUCAGCCUAUACCCUCUCUUCCGCUUCCUCCACCGGCUACCCUCCUGUUAACAAUGCUGCGGCAGUUGCAUCUGCAGCCAUGGUAGCUAUGAGUGGGGGUCAGUCCUCACCUUAUGGUAUGUCACAACCCACAGGAUUUCCACUACCUUAUCCGAAUCACUCGCAUCCCCAUCAGCUGCAACAUCAGACGUCAUACAGAGGUCUUGGUGAACCAGUUACUACGACAGCCGCAUACUUUGGAGACUCAAGCUUUCAUCAAGCCAGCGGAGUCAGUGGUGCCUACUCCAUUUUCGAUGGACAUCAGUUCUCCAAGACACCGUUUCCACGACCCUUCUUUCAGGGUCAACCAGAUAAUCCAACAGGCGGAGAAGAACCAACUGCAGAGGCGCCCCAGUUCCAGUCACGGUUCAUGGCUGAAAGGACGGGGCAAUUCUUUUUCAGAGGCCACUCUGAUGCAUUUAGGAGGGACUGCGACAAACCACCAUAUGAGGGGGGGCAUCCUCAAAUUGCAGAAACUGCAAUAGAAGCAAUAGACUUCAUUUCUGUGAUUGUCUUAAAUAUUCUACAAAUUGUUACGUUAAAGAUUACUUUUUUAGUUCAUUUCAAAGGGUUUUUAAUGUUAAAGGCUAUUUUAAAGAAGAGUGAUUUGAUUACAAUCAACACUCAUUUAUUUAUUUGCUCAAAAUCUUUGCAAAUUAUUAUACUGGGUCAACAGUUGAUAAAUUGUCGUUUCGGAAAAUUUGUAAUUUCUGUCUAA